AUGGCAGAUGCGCUGUUCUACUUUGACAUCAGCUGUCCAUAUGCCCUGAUUGCAUCGACCCGGGUCGAGGAUGUAGCCAAAUUCACGCAAGCCACCAUCGAAUGGCGACCCGUUCUUCUCGGAGGGCUCUACCAGCUCACUUCGGCAGCUCAAGGCGCUGCAGGCUCAGCUUCCGAUGCCAUGCCUCCUGCGCGAAGAGCGUGGGCUGCACACGACCUCGAGAGGGAGCUGUCUCGGUACCAGCUCGAUGUGCGUUGGCCAGCAAAGCAUCCUAUGAAGACCGUCGACGCAAUGCGGUUGCUCUGCGCAGUCCCCUCUGCACAUCGCAUCGGACUUGCCAAAGCGCUCUACAGGGCCUACUGGAUGGACAUGCAGGAUGUCACCUCGCACUCUGUCCUGCUGAGGAUCGCGAGACGGACCGGCCUCAGCAGAGAAGUGCUUGGCUUUCCUCUCGACGAAAGCAUCUUUGCAACGACACAGUGGGCAGACGACUUACGAUCCAACACUCAGGAAGCUUUCGAGCAUGGCGCUUUUGGAGUACCGACCUUUUGGCUACAAAAAGAGGAGAAGAUGCUCUUUGGCCAGGACAGGUUGUGCUUGCUCGAGGCGCAUCUGUCUGCUCGACAGCGGAACGGGGACCUCGAGUCUGUCAAACAUAUCAACAGGCUGAUGCCUCGCUGCCUUCGUACAGCCCCGGAAAACAGACAGCGUACGCUCAAGUUCUGGUUCGACUUUUCGUCACCUUGGUCUUUUCUUGGCUAUACACAGCUGCAACGGGUCAAACGGGAGCUCGGCGACUCGCUCAAGAUCGAGAUGAAGCCGUUUCUGCUCGGCGCACUCUUCAAAGCUGUUGGCACGCCCGUCGUACCGAGCCAGGUUGCUAUGCCUCACAAGGCGGCGUACAUGCGGCAGGAUCUCCAAGACUGGGCAGAGUACUGGUCAGCUUGCUCAGCGCAGACCUAUCCGCCUCUGCCACCUGUUAAGCUCGCUUGGCCAGACGAGUUUCCCAUCCGGUCAGUCAUUGCGCUACGUGUCGCACUCCUCGAGCCGGCCGUCAUCGACUGCAUUUAUCGGGCUGGAUGGUCUCACAACAGGAAUAUCAGCACAGCAGCAGGCCUGCUCGAGGUUCUCAACGAUGCUGGUUUUCCUGGCCAGAUAUUACUUGACGCCGUCACGACAGGCGACCGCGCAGAAUCCCUCAAGGCGGCGCUGAGGACCAACACAGAUGAAGCUGUCGCGCUGGGCUUCUGCGGCGCGCCUACAUUCCAGAUUGACGAGCAUCUUGUCUGGGGACAAGACCGUAUCAACGUCGUUCAGGAUCUGCUAUCGGGCUGGUCGCCCGAAAAGAGCCGCCUGAAGGCGACAGUUGGUGCCUUUCGUACGUCUAUCAAUACGACCGAUAACCAAGCUGAUGCGAUAGUACCAUAG